AGCUCCUCUCUCUCUCUCUCUAAAGCUCACUCUGCUUCGUGCGAGACGAGCUCACGCACACUGCACGCGCACUCCCACGUCUCACGUCGCUCGGGCACAGACACAGAGGGAGGACUACACCAGCAUCGUCGCGUUCCAGCGAGGCAGCGACCCAUCUCUGGUGCCCAACACUGCACGCGAGCUCCUCGCCAAUAGUACUGAGUUGCAGCACCUGCCUCGCGAGAGCGCGCUUACUGCGUAAUUGACUUAAGCGCAGCGCUCUUUGCCGCGCAGACAGCGCACACGGACUGUGCGCUUGACGUAGCAAUGGUUAGCUGCUGUAUCGGAAUGGUCUGCCCUGUUAUGUACAAACAAAACAUGAUAACUGUAGGAGCCGGUCGAGCGAACAUUCGGAAGAUUGUACGGACAGGCUGUUGCUGAGUGGUGUUGCCGGGUGGUGGUACUGCUGCUGCGGUCGCCCCGAUGCGAUCGGCGCGUUCGACAGCGAGCAACAUUGAGAGCGGUUUUGCGAGUCCAUCCGAGCACGUCGCUUCAGCUGCCGCCGCCGCUGCUGCUGAACCUUUGUCCUGCAGGAGUCCGUCGCCUGUCCGCGCGCGUCUCACGCAGGUGAUUGCUCGCGACUGCGCCGUUCGCACUUUAUUUUUUACCGAGGCGGCAUCCCGCGGUGACGGGCAGGGAGCGAGACACGGAGAGAUGUUCAUCAGCGAUUUGUCUUUGACCUUGUGUGUGCUGCGUUGUCGAGGUGGCGAGUGGAACAGUCAAGUCUUACGAUCCGCAUCUCCCCCUUUUCACAUUUUAAGACCACGUCAGGUCAAAACGCUGCCCCACGGUGACCACUGAUUUCGCUGUGACCUUUUCACGUGAGCUGUAUUCGGUGACUGUUGAAAGCUGCGAGACGACCCUGGACUGUACAUGCGCUAGCGUAGAGCGCAUUCGAGUACUUUUUGCAGGAUUCUCAUCACCGCUCUUCCAUAGCACGGCGAAUUUACAGUGGAUAUGGCCAGCUCUUGAAUGAAUGCAUUUCUCUAGUCCUGGAGUAGGUAUUUAGAUAACUAGUUGGGUAGGCAUGUCUGUCGGUUGAUAGGCACAAUAAUCAGAAACUAUGACCGCUUUUCGCAUCUGAGGGUAUAUAAUUGCAUAGAGGCUGCACUCACGCCUGAAGCGCGAUGCAAGCGCCCCGCAUGCUCGCACGUCGGUGGAUCUGUCCAUUCUUCUUCUCUGGGCGUUGCGGAUGGCGCGGACUUAAGGCUGACUGCGGGGACGGGCAAUAAGCGGUGGCGGGGGAGGCUUUGCCGCUCUUGCAUCACGCAGGGUAUAAGUCACGGGCAGGAUAGCCACGCGCGGAAUGAGAACCUAUGCGAGUGGGAGGCGGUGGCGUGGGCUUGGGUACGGUGAGAAAAACACUGUAAAUGCGUCUCAAAUGAGCAAUGGUGUUGCUGGUCAUCUUCUGUUGGUGACACUGAGCCAAGGGUGGAAAUAAUCCACAUUUUCAUGGCAGGGGCCAAGUCUGCACCUUGAGUCGCCGCUGUGGUCUCUCUCUUUAUGCAUGUACGUGCCACAGCCCCUUUGUCAACUCACUGCUGGAUGAAGGUCUCCCAACGCCGUGCGUAUCGUAAAGCCCUCACACCUCCACACGCGCUCCUUUCCUUUGUUCCUUAGGUGAAACCCAAGCCCAUUGUGAAUGAAGGUUCCACGCUGAGAUUGCUCUUUUGGGGACACGACGACGUGCUGCCCCAUACACGCGCUCCGUUACCCUUUCAUGUGGAAGCUGACUACAAUCACAGCGUGCUCCACAAAAUAGUAAAGUGUCUGGGAAUGAAACCAUAUAAUUCAUUUUUGUGCCUCCGAUGCCAGCCCUGCCGUCUGAUGAUGGGAGGUGGAGGGAAUGCUUUAAACAGUGCAUGGAUAACUAGUGCAAGCCGGGAGAUCUGUUCCCUGCCCACAAUCCCACUUCUACCAACUCCGCGGUGGAUGGCUCUGUCUAGCUACAUCUCACCGUUAUCAUCCGGUGGUUCCAGCUCAACAUACGAACACCUCUGAAGGACUUUGACGUCAGCCCUCAUCACGGCAUCAGCUCAUUACAAAAUAUUCCUUUGCUGCUUGCAAAAUAAAUCAAAUAUUGCUACGAUUUUCCAUUCUUAUCCACUGUAUAACAAAAAAAUAUCUAUAUUUAUAUACAGCGCAAUUACUAUUAUUGAGUUUGUUAUUUGGAUUACAAAUUAAUACACGUAAUUAAAGUUUUCAAAUGCAAACCCUAUACCAAUUUUUUGUUUGCAGCAAUCUAACCCUGCAAGUAUUAAUCCUUGAAGACGCGUGCACACAUUUAUAAAUAAUGGAAUGGACGCAGCAAAAAUAACGUUGGACGAGCUGUGCCAGCACACUGAAUGGAAUGUGGUAAACAGUGUGUAGCCACUUUGCUUCCUUGAUGGAGGCAGCAUCAUCACCUGCAAGGAGCCUGGCUAGAACGUCCUGAAGGCAUUUCCCUCUCCCUGUACACGUGUGCCUGCCUGGUGCCGGAGUGCGUGACGGAGACUUUAAGGACAAAUGUGUUUUUGAACCUGGGGUGGGGGGUGGAAAGAGACACAUCUUGCUCCACAUGUCACAUUCUUGUCUCCUCCUCCAGCUGUGGGGGUUGUGAUUUCCUUCUCGGGAGUUUGAUCAGGAAGAGGGAGAUUAAGUAAUUUUGACCCUGCCAUGCUCAUCACCUGCUGCGCAUUUGCCGCUGCUUCUUUCCCACAUAUACAAGAUGCACAGCUAAGCCGGAGAAUAUCUGCGUUCCUCACGUACUGGCCGUAACUGCUGCUUUGACGUACCAUGGAGGCUUACUGGAGACAAGUGGACUACAACCUGACGUCUGCAUUGGGCCAACACGGAGCUCGGAAUUUUUUUUAAAGCUGAGAUACAUCUGCAUUUUCGUCACAACACCAAACGUGCCUGCUCAUUUGCCAUUGGACCAACACCUGUCGCUUCACGCGUUAACAGUCGGUCCCGAUACGAGAUGCACGUGAGUUUUAAAAUUAACAAAAUAACUACGGCUGUUUCUUUAAAUCUGGGCACGGACACCGCCUCUCCGUGGCCUUGGGAUAUCACAGAGCAUUGUGUCGGUUGGCCUCACUGCCCUGGCUGCCCUGCUGUGCCGGCUAUACAACCACCACCCUCGCUCUCCGCCACGCUCGCCGCAUACGCGCCCGAUGGGACUCCACCAUCCGACGCCGCUCGUCCCAGCCACCACGCAGGCCUGGGCACCACCGUGAGGCCCACGGGGGCUCUGCCGAUGGGGGCGCAGCGAUCGAGGGGGCCUGGGAGCCCCCCCGGAGUGGCUCGCGCCUCUAACCACGCUCUGCCACCUCCGCUGUCGCCGCCACCGCCACUAUGUUCCCCGUUGCUCGUGUUGUCUACAGUCUUCGCUCUGCUGCCCCUGGCGUCUGCACUGGGCCCCCCAACGCAGAGCUCCCCCGAGCCAUGGAUGACUGGCCCAUGGGGGCAGUGCGUGGCAAGACAGUGCAGGGCGCACGGGGUGCAGGGUCGUGCCGUGUGGUGCGCACAUCCCACGGGCCGCGCCAUCGUAUCCCCUUCUACUGCUGCCACCACCACCACCGCUCUCAACACCGCAACGUGCGACCCAUCUACACGGCCCCCCCACAGACGCAGCUGCGUUCGCACGUGCACAGGGCAACCUUGGCACGACACGUCCCUGCCCUGGGACACGGACACGACUGGCAGCACGGGCGAGCCAGGCGAAUGUCGCCCCUUGCAGCAGCAGCAAGAGCUGCCGGCCUUUUCCGCCGGAGAGUGUGACCCUGCCGCCGAGCCCGCUGGCUGCGGCCCAGCACCGGGAAUGAGCCCAGGCGCCCAGGACGGCGGCCCCCCGGGCGGUGCGUGUGAUACACGGCACAGCGGAAAUUCCGGCGGUGCUGGCGGCGGCGAAGGUGCCGGCGGCGCACUGCAGAAUUCGUGCAUCGUGAGCGGCUGGUCGAAAUGGGGGGCCUGCGGCGGCGGCGCAGGGUCGGCGUGUGGCCCCGGCGGGACACGCUUGCGUGUCCGUCGCGUGUUGUUUCCGCCGUCGCAUGGAGGUGCCGCGUGUGUGGAGCUGUCGGAAUCACAGGCAUGCACCGUGCCGGCCCCAUGCCCUACUUCGGCACCGGGGGACGCUUUUUCCACCAGCCAGUACCGGCUGAGGGUGGGAGCCUGGAGCGAGUGCCUUCCAGUGUCCGAGUCCAGGAUAGCACGGCGCUCCGUGCCACAGGUGCGGUGGGCUUUGCAAGCGUCGAGGAAGCGGCCGCGGAGGAGCUCGGUGUCGUGGGGGCCCGAGGAGGCCGGCGGGGAGCCCGACGAGGGGCAGGCGUGGGACGUGCGGCUCGGGGCUCACGCGCGCGACCUGUCAUGCCUGUCUCGCCUGGGAGAGCACGUUGAUCUCGUGCUGUGCAAUCGCGAGCUCAUGGCGGUGCCCUCCAUGGAGGAGGUGUGCAUUCUCCCAAGGGACUGCGAUGUCGGCGAUUGGUCGGCUUGGUCUCCCUGCUCGGUCACCUGCUCAGGGCAGGGCCACAACCAAGGGCACGGGCAGGUCCAGUCCUUUGGACUAGGACUGAGGACACGAAUUCGCUCGGUGCAGCAUCCAGCUCUGGCCGGGGGCAAGGGCUGCCCAUCUCUCCAGGAGACGGAGGCAUGUGGGGGCAGCAUAAAUGGGAUUCUGCCCCCAUGUCCACGAUACCGCUGGAGGGGUGGAGCUUGGGCUGCGUGCACCGUGGGUCCCUUGCUGGACCAGCACGAACGCUGCUGGGGAAACCAGACGGCGUGGUGCGGUGGAGGGGUGCAGGUGCGCGACAUCUACUGCUCUCUGGACGACGACAAUGUGUUCUCAUACUUGAAGGGACUACGGGACGCACCCUCCAGGACUGGCCAGCGAGCUGGAGAGGGAGGGAUGCCCACCACACAGCCACUGCUGUCACUGCCCCUGGAACCAGCAGCCCCCAGGCCAGUAGAGACUGGGUUGUGUCCUGAGCUGGUUCCACUGGAGUCGACGCGACCAUGCGAGCAGCCCUGUCCGCACGAGUGUGUCCUGUCUGCCUGGUCCGCGUGGGGACCCUGUGUGCCCGAGACUUGCACGCCGCCCACAGCCACCACAGGGUUCAUGAUGCGCACGCGGCGCGUGCUGGGCGGCCCCAUCGGUGCUGGUGGCGCACCCGAUGGCUGUCCCCACCUGCUGGAGGCAGUGCCGUGCGAGGGCGCACGCUGUUUCCGCUGGCGCGUGGCCGAGGUCAGCAUCUGCAUCCCCACCAACACCAAGUGCGGCGCAGGCACCCAAUUCCAGCGUGUCGUGUGCACGGACCAGCGCGGCGUGACCGUUGGACCAGAACUGUGCGGGGAGCCGGGCUUCCCGAUGCAGCUAGCAUGCCAAGUGCCAUGUUGGGAGGACUGUGCGAUGUCCGAGUGGGGACAAUGGAUGCCCUGCUCCCACACCUGCUUGGGGGGUGAGGGGAGCCGGGCGGGUGACAGUGCCACCCAGGGCCGGCAGGUGCGCGUGCGCGCCAUCCUUGCACUUCCGGGCGACGGUGGGAGGCAGUGUCCGGACCGACUGGGCCUGCAAGAGUGGCGUCCCUGCAACCAGCAUGGCUGCACCGUGCACUACUGGCACGCUCUGCCCUGGGGGCCGUGCGUGCACGAGGUCACCCAGGGCUCACCUAACGCCUCCCAGGUUGUAGCCGACGGGGAGGCCGCGUGCGCCACCGGCGUUCAGAUGCGCGUGCUCACGUGCAUGCGUGUGGGAGGAGGGCAGCUCCCCACUGAUAGGUGCCCAUUGAGCCAAGCCCCAAUGAGCCGGAGAGCUUGCCUCGUGCCAUGUCGCCGGGACUGCACUCUCUCACCGUUCAGUGACUGGACGCCGUGCCCCGACCCUUGCCGCCAGACUGACGGCGCCCCGACACCGCGACAGUGGCGCUUUCGUGUGGUGAUCCAGCGUGCCAGUGGCGGAGGACGGCCCUGUCCCAAGAGUCUUAGCGACAUGAGGCCUUGCCCCACACGGCCCUGCCCUCAAUACAGGUGGCGCACGCACCGGUGGGGGCAAUGCCACUUGCUGGCGUCCUCCUCUGCACGUGCGGCCGGAGCGAACCCUGGAGAAUCACCCUGCGGCCAGGGCUUGCAGACCCGAGGUGUAUCUUGCCACGUCGAGGGCGAGGGACACGUGGACCCACGGGAGUGCCUGACCCGCGCUGCACCAAUGCCCAUGCUUGCCCAGCCGUGCCGAGUACCGUGCGCCUCAGACUGCGCGCUCAGUUCCUGGUCCCCAUGGACUCAUUGUCCAUCACAUCCGGGCUGCGGGGCUACACAGACAAGACGACGCUCACUCACCGGCAGGAGCAAGCGACGAGAAGAGUGCAAGGUCGCCCACACCUUCCCUCUCCUCGAGAGCCAACCAUGCCCGUGCAACACGCACACGAGCCGCCCGACGGGGCCCUGGUCGGACUGCAUCGUGACACUGGGGGAAGGGCGGCCCGGAGACGGCCCAGCGGUGGCCGGAGAACCUGAGUGCGGGAAGGGCGUGCGAUUGCAAGCCGUAUCUUGCUACGACCAUGAAGAGCACUUGACUAGGCCUGAGAUGUGCAACAGCCCCGGGUGGAGGGAAGAGGCCUGCGAGGUUGCCUGUCCUGUGGACUGCGCACUGGGUGAGUGGAUCCCGUGGUCACCGUGCAGCAAGUCGUGCGGGGCGGGGAUGAGCAUGCGUUCCAGGAAGAUCCAGGGGGGCCCCUCUCACGGAGGGCGACCGUGCCCGCCUCCCCAUCACGCGCUGCAGGUGUAUGAGGCUAUGCCAUGCUACAGCGACUGCGCUCUGUACACGUGGGUGUCGGACCCAUGGGAGGUGUGCUCGGUCCCACUGAGCGGCGUGUGUGGGGAGGGAACUCAGACGCGUACAGUCAGGUGUGAGGUACAGAGUGUGGAGGGCCCGGGCACACCUGUGGAGGAGGUGUGGUGCGACCCCACGGAGAGACCCCAGGAUGCACGAGCGUGUGUGCUGCAGUGCCCUGGAGAGUGUGUCAUGUCUGAGUGGGGGCCCUGGACCAGGUGCCCACAGCCGUGCGAGGUUGACACUGUGCGGAUCCGCUCGCGGUUCAUACAGCGAAUGCCAGCAGAUGGAGAGAUGUGCCCCGAUGACACCGAGUCAGAGCCAUGCACCCCACAGCACUCCUGCUUCUACUAUCACUACAAUGCGACCGGAUGGGGGUCGUGUAUGCUGGGCGGCCCUGCGGUGUGUGGCCAGGGCAGCCGGGCACGUGCCCUGGAGUGCGUUCGUAACGACCUCAAGCCUGUGGACUUGCGCAUCUGCCAGGCGAUUGGUCUGAAGACACCUCGUCCUCUGAGUGAGCCCUGCUCCGUGGAGUGCCCUCUGGACUGCCGCAUCUCCAGCUGGACGUCGUGGUCAUCCUGCUCACGCACGUGCGGCCUGACAGGGAUGAUGAAGAGAAGUCGCAGGGUUCUCCGAGCUGCUCGGGGCUUUGGUCGGCCCUGUCCCUCCCAGCUGCAGCAAAGCAAACCGUGCACCCCCAUGCCCUGCUACCGCCUGCAGCUAGGAGACUGGUCCUCCUGCCAGUUGAACGGAGGUGACUGCGGCGAGGGUGUAUGUGUGAGGGAGCUCACAUGCCUGUCCCACAAUGGCUCAGGAGACGAUCCUGUCAAGAAGGUGGAGCAGAGUCUCUGCGAGGAGAUGCCUUGGCGAGAAGUGAUGGGGGCACUGGGUGAGGAGGGGAGACAGCCCGAAUUUAAAAAAUCCUGCAUCGUGUCCUGUCCAGGUGACUGCCGGCUGGGCACAUGGUCCACGUGGGGCGUCUGCCAGUUGUUAAGCUGCAGGCACGGUGUUCCUGUGGCUGGACCGAGAGGGCCGGGGGUGCAGGCCCGCUCCCAGCAUGUAGAACUCCCACAACACGGCAUGCUCGGCAGCUGCCCUCUCCAGCAGUGGGAGGCUCGCGAGUGCUCUGGGGGGAAAUGCUACAGCUAUGAGUGGCACGUUGGGCCUUGGGUAGGGGGCCGACGGGACUCCUGGUGUCAGCGGUCGGAUGGAGUCAAUGUCACAGGUGGCUGUUCUCUCGCCAAUGAACCUAAAGCCGUACACUCCUGCACACCACCCUGUCUCCUGCCACACUCUUAUUGUGCCGAGAUUUCUGUUCCUGUGCAUGCCGUCCAGAGGGAUGUUUGUGUAUGCGAGGAGGGCUACCAGGAGGUGGUCACUCUUCGGGGCUCCCUGGAGCACUGCACCCAGGUGUCACGGGGCAGAGAGCGCCCGGCGGAAGGGCAGGGCUGGGGGCAGGGCUUGGGGGGGGGUGCAGCAUCGCCCAGCAGUCCUGGGCCGGCCCGGGAGGUGGGAAGCUGGGCAUUGGAGCCAUUUGGGGAUGAUGGCAAGCUGCGAGGAUGGGUAUACGGAGUGGCGGUGGCUUCUCUCCUCAUCAUCGGGUUCCUCCUCUUCACAGCUUACCUCUUUUGGAGGAGAUCAAAGAGACCCAGGCGGCGAGUGCCCAAGAGGAAGCCCCUGCCACUGCCCUUUGAUGGCGAUGCUGACCUGUAGCCGGUGAGCAACGCUGAAGUUUGCGGCGCUCCACUGCAACACACAGCUCAACGAUCCGGCCCAUGUGUCCAGGGACAAUGCUCCACUUUGUGACCCGCCCUGUGGUCUUGACAAUGUCGCCCGAUAGCAGCAGGAGGCGGAGAAAAGCAUUUGAGGAGGAAUGCUGCUUCUUUUUCUCUCCCUUUUUUCAAGAAAACAGUGACGCCGUCGGAGAACUGAGUGGCAGAAGGAAAACUACCAAGGACACGCCGUCCCUGAGCAAUGUGCUGUGCUCACUUGUAUUUCCCUCCCUAAAGUAUUUUAUAAUGAGGCUUGCAUGUACAGAAACAAUCUAUUUUGAAGUGCUGAUUCAAAUCCAUAUGUAUUUUUAUUUACAUGUAUUAUUUACCAGGUCCCUGUGUAGUUGUUUCCCCACUUCAGUGAAUGGCUGCUGUGGGCACCAGUUUGCCAUCCCGUAUACUCCGAGCACUCAUUUAUCAAGCCCCAGUAACGGAAGACGAAUUGCAUUUUCAGUUUCAUAAUGAUGCCAGCGGACUGAAGCUAAAUUUAAUUUUAACUGAAAAAAAUCGUUAUUUUAUACUGAAUGGAUAUUAUCUGCUAUUCUAGAGUAGUGUGUUGGUCAUGGAGUCGGCCGCAUCUGUCACGUUAUUGGAGUCGCCAAGACGAUUAUGGUCACUGCAUGACUGCUGAAAGGGAUGGGGAAAGAUGAACAUAAAACCAUAUCAACACAUAUAUAAAUAAACAUGUAAAAAUGUUUACUAUAUAGAGAGAAAACGUGUGACCAUCUAAUUGCGAGUGCUUGGGUUAGAGGUUCUCGAUUUUUCGAGAAUUUCUGUAACUUUUUACGUACGACGCAAUGCACUUUUUUUAUUUUCCUUAAAUUCAAGCGUGGUGUUUGUGUUCCACCCAUCUGUUUGCUGGAUGGCACAUCAUCACACAUCGACAACACUCAGUCAGAGAGCAAGAACUGGCUUUUUAUCAAUCGCCACCAACAUCCCCCAACAAACCCUUUCAACUGCAGCCUCACACAUCCUGCAAAUUCUCACUCAGAUUUCAAUUGUGUUUUUUUCCUAUUUUUUGUGAAACAAUCAAUGAGUAUUCAUUUAUAUGCAGGGUCUGCUUAAUUAUUGUAGUCGCCGAUGUGUAGUAUGUUUAGUGCGCAGAGUAGGAAAAAGGGACCAAUUAAUGGUUGCGUGGCUCAGCAGGUGCCUGGGUCGUAUUGCAUAGAAACCUUUAUUAACUGCUGACCAACAUAGGGGAAUGCGGGUCCAUUCUGGCUUGGGGAAGAAGACCCCAUGCAGCAAGAAACAAUCGAAACAGAGGUCUGUAGCGCUCCGUGUUGAAACAAGGGUUUUGCACAGAAUAACCGUUUAAAAAUAGAUAUGUUUUAAAUGCACACACUUAAAUUCUGGGAAUACUUUAACUAUGAAAGCAGCCAGCUUUAUAAUUCUAAAACUGUAUUUUUGUGAAAUCUGUUUAUUGUUAUUGGCUGGCACAAGUUUUAAAACAUUAAGAGAAAAACAGGUGGCCACCAUAAGAAUGGCACAGCUGCAAGGCUGCGCUGUGUAUGGAAAUAUUUUAUACAUUACGCAUAACGCCACAGAACAAAACUUAUCUGCAACACUUGCUCCGGCAGUACCCUACACUGUGACAAAUAUUCAUGGACCAGCGGUAUCACGGUGUAACAUGACCCAAGGGGAAGCAGUGACAUGACCCAGCUGUAGAGGCUUUGCCGCUUGAACAAAGCCCCCCUCCCGCCCACACUGCAUCACGAUUGGGAGUUGUUUGACCAUACUUCACCAUCUUGGUUGUGGGUUGAAGUGGGGGCAGGACCAGUUCAGAUAUCACUCACCACUGAUGUUAGCCGUGGCCAGCAAUCAAAUGCUGGAUGCUGGUUUUGUAGCAGAGUGAGCUUGUAACAGUGCCACCGCUCCACAUAUAGUUUCAGUCAUGGGAAAAAGGAAGCCGUGUCAUAUGUCCAUCUUUCACAUGUCCAUCCUCACAUGUCUUUAAAUCUGAACUCCAUUUGAGUAGGUGCCGAGUCAGGGUGAGUGCUGUACAAAUUCACUCUUUUGAAGUGUUUCUUUUUCUGUUAAAUAACUCUUUUACGUGAUAUGUCACUUGCUGACCUUGACUUUACAAGUCUGGCUCAAAUGAAAUGAAACCCCCAUCUGUUACCGAGAUAGAGAAAGAAAGGCCUGUCCACCUGUCGUGUUGGAAAUAGCUGUAGAAAUACAAUACAUUAGAUCAGGCGCUUUCCUCUAUAUCCUUUCAAGGGUGCAAUACACCACUCUGUAUUACCAUUGUAUGACAGGAAUGGGUAGAAGCUAGGGAUGUCACUCGGUUGAAUUUUGUUUUUACUAUGAACAUAUGCUUUUAAAAUAUAUUUUCGUCAGAAAAAAUUAAGGUGUUCAGUGCCCCCACCCUAUCAGUGACCUUUUUUUAUUUUUUUCCCACACUUUAGCCAUCACUUUUGCGAAAAAUGUACUGUGCCAAAGUCGUAGUUCUACUCGUUUAAUCUACUUCAGAGACAGGUUGACAUUCCCUGCAGGCAUGCCACCCUUGGUCGAUGUUGAUUGCAAUGGAUGUCACGUUUCAACUCUCCAGCAGCCGUGUCCAUCCAUAUUAGCCCUCUGCAGUGAGUAUCUACCACGAACCCUCCCACUCAUCACUCAUUAACCAAUGAGCAAAGAUGGAGUGCAUUGAGACAGCGUCAGUGACGUGUGUGUUAUUGUUCAUGCGUAAAAAACAAGGUAACAAAACAACGGACCAAUUAAGAGUUUUUUUUUGUUACAGUGGUACAAUUUGAGCUACCUUUAUUUGAAACCAUGUGAAUUGACACCAAAUUAAAGUGUGAUUUUUUUAAGUGUGCGUGUGAGGGUGUGAGUGGAGGAGGCAGGUGUUUUCUUGGACAUGUUCAUUUAUCAAAACAAAGGUGUACACACGUGUGUUUGUUUGAUCUAUAUGCCUUCAUGUGUGUGCAUGUGGUGAUGGCUUUUGAAUUUUCCACACAGGAUAGCUUUGACACUGAUACAGCAUCUUAAGACCGUGUGGUGAGCGAGAUUAAUUCAGGACUUGUAUCCGCAGAGGUCAUGGGCUCAAAUCUAAUUUAUUGUUACUUUAUUUUAAAUUUAAAAAGCCAAAAAAAAUAUGAAAAUAAAAAAAUCAUAAAAUUGUUCUGCGUGUGAAUAAUGUAACAUACUAUAUAAAUAAGUUGUGUAUGCUCGUGUUUGUAUGUCUCUAACAUGGUUUUCAUAUAUUGCUGAACAGAAUGAGAAAAUAUUUGACCAGGGGUUUUUAGAGUAAGCCUCUUGAGGAAUAUUUUCAAGUAAAAAUGUGUUUUUACUGCAGAUGCUGAAGCAGCAAUAUUACACAAACAUAUUGUAAAUUGCUCAAGAGUAUAAAACACUUUUCUUGAAAUUGGAAUAUUUUUCUAUUAAAUCUUUUUUGUCACAUUUAAUGAUUUAUUUUGCAUAUGUCCCAAAAUUUACAGCACACCAAUGUGGAUGUCCGAGACAUUGUUGUACAGUCAACCAUCUUUGCUUUUAAACAAUUGUAGUAAGUUCAGUAAAUAUUAAAUGUCAAAAUAGAAGUAAAACAUUUAAGUUAAACUACAUAACAGCUUGCAAAUCAUAUGACCAAUAUGUUAAAGCAAUUGAGGCUUUAAUAACGUUUUAUCAUGACAAUUUACAAACUUUCCAUGCAAAAUCUUCUCGAUCUUUAUGCCACGUAAACAUUGGCCCUUUUCCAAGUUUUUGUUAUAUUCACUGCCAAACUGCAUAUAUAACCAAAAUUUAAUUAGAUGUCAUUCUUACACUAUAUCACAAUAUAACCAUGAAAGCAAACACUAACCCAGAUAGAGACCUUCUCACGUGUAUUAUUCAGUUGAAUAUAUGCUGUUAGCCAAUAAAACAACACUUAGCAUUCAAGCUGGCAUACUUGUUGCUCAUAAUCUCAAGAAAAUACUGCAGUGAAAUAUAAUUGUGCGUGUUGACUGCAAUGACAUUUUAGCAAAUUGAAAACACGUUUUUAUUGCCGUAAAAUAUGAAAAUCCACAAUGGCUAAAAUAAAUUGUGCUUGCAAGUAUGGAAUAUAAUUGUAACUUUAUAAAAGCAUUUACCAAUAUGUGUGAGUAGGCCUCAUUGUGUAAAACUGCAAACCAUUUUAUGGAAUGUGUUCUUACUGUGUUAAAAUGUGGUGUACUGUAAUACUUUGAUUCAGCCACACAUUCUGGAAAUGACUGAGGCCAGUUCGGUUGUUUAAGCACAUUUGUUGAAACUAAGCCCUAGUUUAUUACACUCAGGAAUUGCUGACAAAAAUUAGUUAAUCAAUUUUGUUUCAAUGCAAUCAAUUCGUUUCCAGGCCUCGACCGGGCAUAGUGGCCCUCACGAUACACUGCCAGGCAACCCGUUCCUUGCACCCGACGCAACGCCGAGUGGGGGCCGAGCCAUAAUGCCGACGUACAGUUCUGCAAUAUGAAAAAGUUAAAUGAAAAAAAAUAAUUGUGCAAUGUUGAUGUAAUCCAAUAUCAUGGAAAAUGUGACUACUUUAUUUUUGCUUUAAAAUUUGACAAGCCUCAUUGAAUUAUUUAGAUUUCGUAUUUUUUUGCAGAAAAUAAUUUCUGUGCAGAUAUAUGCAUUUGUUCACAUCUGCUUGUGUUUAACCAAAUUUGCACAAUUUAGUGAUAUUGGAAGAUUUUUUUUCUAGACAGGCUAUGCUCCAAGGUAAGAUGCUUAACUUUUAAAGGGCAUAGUGAAGAAGGAUAAGGAACGUUUGCCUCCUAAGGGCCGAAAUGCUGGGUUAAUUAGUAUUGCACUGCCUUCUAAAGGGCAGCAUUAAUUAUUUAGAGAUGCGUUAUUCAGAAUGCAGGGUGUGUACUUCCCUUUUCGACCACACCAAGCACAUUUCUUCAGGUGUCUGGGUAGCUAAAACCCCCGUCAGAAUCCAGUACAGGCAGCCAUCUGUGAUUAAAAUAGGGGUUCAUUUGUUGCAAGUUUAUGGUGAGGCUGGUCAACAAUUACUGCAUAUUAAAUGUGGUUCUGCUUAAUUUGGCUUAUGCCAGCUCUGAUAAUGUAAAAACAAAUAUUGAUUUCAUGUAUAUGCCCUACAAACGUUUUGCGUUUAUCAAAGGUGCAAGUGCAUUCAGAAAUGGUGUACUGUAGAUCUAUGAUAUCACCUCUAACACAGUAUGGUGUAAAUAUAGCUGUCAAAAUGCCAAAUACAAAAAUCCCCCACCAA